GAUGUGGCUGCUCGUGGGUUAGAUCUGCCCCAAGUCACCUGGAUUGUGCAGUAUAAUCCCGCCGCUUCGCUCGCUGAAUACGUCCACCGAAUUGGGAGAACAGCUCGGAUUGGCAGCCCUGGAAACAGCCUGCUCAUCCUUUUACCUUCGGAGGCCGAAUAUGUCAGCUUCCUGGCUUCCUACAAGAUUAACAUUUCAGAGAUGAAAAUGGAGCAGAUUUUGUCCAGCUUAAUGAAAGAUGACCGUUUCAAAGGAAACCCGGAGAGAUCUAAGAAGAGCCAGCAGGGCGAUGGGCAGGAAAUACGCCGGAGGACUACUGUCAUGCAGACGGAAUUUGAGGAUUUUGUCCAUUCCAGUGCUAAAACCAUCCGAUGUGCCAAAAAAGAGGCUAGUGGAAAAGCAGGGGACACCGAUACCCCAAACCCUCUUGUUCGCAUCCCUGUAGGAGAAUAA